CUGUUGUCUAUAAAUGGACAGUCACAGAGUAGCUUACUGCAAAUAAAGAUGGAAGCUUCAAUGGAUCUUUAUGCUGUGCCCCUGUGGCUGAGGCUCUCCCUUCUCUUUCUUCUCCCUCUAGUACUACUGCUUCUAGCGAAAAACAAAAUCUAUGGCCAAAAGCAAAAGAAGCGCCUUCCACCAGGCCCUCCUACUCUUCCCAUUAUUGGGAACAUGCACCAGCUUGGUGAAUUGCCUCACAAAACUUUGUCCCAACUUUCCAAAAAAUAUGGCCCAAUCAUGCUCCUCAAAUUCGGCUCGAAAACAAUUAUUAACAUCUCUUCAGCUGAGGCUGCAAGACAAGUCUUAAAGGUUCAUGAUCUUGAUUGUUGCAGUAGACCUGUCUCUUCCACAGCCGGGAGAUUGACGUACAAUUACAAAGACAUAGUUUUCGCACCUUACGGCGAUUAUUGGAGAGAGAUGAGGAAAAUCUGUGCUCUUGAGCUUUUUAGCGUGGCUAGGGUGCACUCAUAUAGCUUUAUCAGGGAAGAAGAAGUAGCUUCUCUAGUUAAUUCAAUUUCUCAGUCUGCAUCUUCUGCAACCCCUGUUGAUCUUUCUGAGAAGAUGUUGGCUCUCACAGCAAAUAUACUCUGUAGGACUGCUUUCGGAAAGAAUUUUCGUGGGAGUGGUUUGGAUAAUGAAAAGCUUCGAGAAGUGGUUCAUGAGGCUGAAGUCAUGUUUGCAAGCUUCAGUGCAACUGAAUUCUUUCCAUACGUGGGAUGGAUUAUUGACAGGCUCUCUGGCCGGAUUCGAAGACUCGAAAAGAUUUUUCGUGAUUUGGAUGAUUUUCUGCAACAGACCAUUGAUCUUCAUCUCAACCCCAAGAAGAAAGAACAAGACCACGAAGACCUUAUCGACGUGUUGCUGAGAAUUGAAAGGGAUCAGCAAACCAACACCGGUGCUCCUCCGUUCAAUAAAGAUAACAUUAAGGCCAUCCUCUUCGAUAUGUUUUUGGGUGGAAGCAACACUGCUGCAGUCACCAUGCUAUGGGCAAUGGCGGAGCUUGCAAGGAACCCACGAGCGAUGAAGAAAGCACAAGAUGAAGUCAGAAACGUCGUUGGAAACAGAGGAAACGUCACCGAAAGCGACAUAACUCAUCUUCAUUACCUGAAGAUGAUAAUCAAAGAAACAUUUAGAUUGCACCCUCCAGCCGCAAUUCUUCUUCCAAGACUGACCAUGACAGACGUGAAGAUCGGCGGUUAUGACAUUGGCCCCAACUCGUUGCUCCAAGUAAAUGCUUGGGCGCUAGGACGAGACCCUGAAUACUGGAAGAAACCAGGAGAGUUCUACCCUGAAAGGUUCGUUGAUAGCUCUAUCGAGUAUAAAGGACAACAUUUUGAGUUAUUGCCAUUUGGAUCUGGUCGAAGAGGUUGUCCUGCGAUAUACAUGGGAGCGACCACCGUUGAGCUUUCACUUGCGAAUCUUUUGUAUUGUUUCGAUUGGAAAGUGCCCUCAGGGAUGAAGGAGGAGGAUAUAAACAUGGAAGAAUCGACUGGUGCUGGCCUUACCCAGAAAAGAAUACCUCUGAACCUUGUCCCAGUCAAAGUGUUUUAGUGCACAGUUAAAUGAUGUACUAUGUGAGAAUCAUAACAAAAAACACUUUUGUGUAACAAAAGAGUUUUGGCUGUGAGGGCCAUUGUGUUUUGGCCUUUUAUAGUUAAGUCAAGUGGUAUUUAGACCUGUGGUAUUGUUAUCUCCAGUUUCAAGAGUUUCUUUUGCUUGAAACCUUGAUUUUGUGUUUGAUAAAUUUACAAGCUUCUUCAAUUAAACAUGCAGCCAUUUGAAUUUGAUUGCU